AUGGAAGACGGCAGCAUUGAUCAAAUUCGGUAUGACUUCCGAACUAAUCAAACAUCAAAAUUUAAUAUUCCAAUUUUCAAACAUGAUAACUCCAGUAUAUCAAGGCAAAGUUUGUCGGAUGUUGCCAUAUCACCAAUACUAACUAAGGUUCAUACCUCGGUUUAUUCUGAUGCAUUAACUGAACGAAUUUCAAUGAAAGAAGAGCCAGUACUGUUGAAUAAAAGAUAUAUUUUAGAACAGAAUAAAUCGUUCAAAAAUCUUUUCCAAGCAAAAUUAAAGGAUAAUGAUAAUAAAUCGGAUGAAAUUCAUACUCGCGUUAUACAACAACAAAAACAGACACGAAAAAUAUCGGCAUCCUCAAUCUUGAAACGACAAAAUUCAUAUGAAAAAAAUUUAAAACACAAACUUGAACAAUUAUCAUCAAAACACGACAAUUGGUUAAUAACAGAUACAAUCAUUAAACAGCAAAUUAUAUUUGAAAAACAUAUUCAACAUUUAUUGAACUAUUAUUCAAGUAAUGAAUGUGAUGAAUUAAAACAAAAGAUAUUAAGUGAACAAAAGCAGUUUGAAACAAGUUUACAUGAAAAACUGGAUAAUUUAUUAUCAUUAUCGAAGGACAAAAAUGAUACUAAUAAUGAUUGUUGGAAUAUAAUUCAAACACUACUGUAUAAACAAAAAACAUUUCGUUAUUUACUCUCAAAUAAAUAUUCAAAUAUAUCAGAGAAAAACAAAACUCUAAUUGAAAUGAUUCCUAAUCAAAUUAAUUGUUGUCAUAGUAGACGACUUGUUGAAAUGAAAGAGGAUACACCAAGUUUAGAUAGUCCACUACUCGUACCAACAUCAUCAACAUUAUCGAAAAAUAGUGACGAAAAACUGCGUGAUUCAAUGGAAAACAAAAAUGACAGGUCAUCAUUCUUACAAGAGAGACAAUCAUCAUUAUGGAUUGGCAAGGAAAGAUCAAGAGACAGAAAACAUUAUCAAGUACGAGAUGUUGCGUAA